GAAAAAUUCUUUUGUGUUCUUUUCGCUGGAAAGUAACAUUCUCUGUUUGGAUUGAACACUGAAUCUCGGUUUUCAAAUCUAUUUUUCUGGCAAGGAUUUUGUGAUCAUAUUCUUUUUCUGGUGAGACACACAAGCUUCUUCAUUGAGCCAGUCAUUGCUUCCACCAUUGUUGGAAGGUCACGGGUAUUCAAUAAAGCGUCUUCAAGCAGAUGUACGUGUGUCAGGGGACAUGAUGAUGGGUGAUCCUCAAAAGCAUAGAAUCCUGAUGGUGUCAGAUUUUUUCUAUCCCAACUUUGGUGGUGUGGAGAAUCACAUAUAUUACCUCUCACAGUGUUUGCUCAAGCUAGGCCACAAGGUGGUGGUUGCAACUCAUUCUUAUGGAAAUCGGUCUGGGGUCAGAUAUAUGACUGGUGGUCUGAAAGUCUACUAUGUUCCAUGGAGGCCGUUUGUUAUGCAGAAUACAUUACCAACCUUCUAUGGAUUACUACCAAUUAUUAGAAUUAUUCUUAUCAGAGAAAGAAUUACAGUGGUGCAUGGACACCAAGCCUUUUCAACAUUUUGUCAUGAAGCUCUUAUGCAUGCAAGAACCAUGGGAUACAAGGUUGUGUUUACAGAUCAUUCACUAUAUGGUUUUUCUGAUGUUGGAAGUAUUCACAUGAACAAGGUGUUACAGUUUACCUUGGCAGAUGUGAGUCAAGCCAUUUGUGUUUCCCAUACAAGCAAGGAAAACACAGUGCUGCGGUCAGGUUUGCCACCUGAGAAGGUUUUUGUCGUACCUAAUGCUGUGGACACUGCCAUUUUCAAGCCUGCAGUGAAUCGUCCAAGCGGACCAGAAAUUGUUAUUGUUGUUAUCAGCAGAUUGGUUUAUCGAAAGGGAGUUGAUUUACUUGUUGAAGUCAUUCCAGAAGUAUGCCGAUUACAUCCUAAUGUUCGUUUCAUUAUUGGAGGUGAUGGACCUAAGCGUGUGAGGUUGGAAGAGAUGAGAGAAAAGCAUUCGCUUCAAGAUCGAGUGGAAAUGUUGGGAGCUGUGCAACAUGUACAAGUUCGAUCUGUUCUGAUAUCUGGGCACAUCUUCUUAAACAGUUCUUUAACAGAAGCUUUUUGUAUAGCCAUAUUAGAAGCUGCAAGUUGUGGAUUAUUGACAGUGAGCACAAGAGUCGGAGGAGUUCCUGAGGUUUUGCCCGAUGAAAUGAUUGUUUUGGCAGAGCCUGAUCCUGGUGAUAUGGUGCAUGCAAUUCAAAAGGCAAUAUCUAUGCUGCCAAAGAUUGAUCCGCAAGUCAUGCAUAAUCGAAUGAGAGAACUCUACAACUGGCAUGAUGUUGCCAAAAGGACUGAAAUUGUAUAUGAUCGUGCUUUGAAGUGCUCCAACCAAAAUCUUCUUGAAAGACUCUCACGAUAUCUCUUCUGUGGAGCGUGGGCGGGCAAGCUGUUUUGCUUGGUCAUGAUUGUUGGUUUCUUGUUAUGGCAGCUAUUGGAAUUAUGGCAGAAUAACAAAAAGAAUACACAUGACGUUAACACUAAUCCGAGGUCCCAGAUCUUGAUAUGGAGAUAAUCAUCAAUCCUUUGCGUGAGUGGUCAUGGAGAUACAUGUGUGGCUGAAAUGGAUUCUGUACAGAGAAAACUGUGCGGUAUGUUCUAAUUAGUGUUAAUAUUAUUGUCAGCAUUACUUUGUUGAGGGUUGUAGACAAACAUGUUAAAUUGAAGUGUGAAAUCAAGGUUCGAAUUUUUUCUGUACAAGAGCAUCUCGAACCAUAAGAAGUUAAUAACUAUGAACCUGUAGAAGAAACUGUAGAGUGACACUGACAUCCAAAUAAGCACCGGCUCUUUCUGUGAAAUGAGGUUUUUUUCCUCCCUUACAUGGAGUGAAAAUAAAUGUUAUUUAAUAAAUAAUUUGCCCACAUAAAAUCAGAACACAGAUAUGUAGUGCUUUCACAUGAAGGGUGCAGCGGCCUCGGUAUAUAGAAUUGGACUAAUUUCACUCACAAUCUUAGGUUCUUAGUGAGAUCAGUGUUAGCAACACACUAUUUAAACAUGCUUCUCUACAUUUUCUAUUGCACGUUAAAUAAAUUUAUUAGGAACUACAAAUCAUGAGUUAGACAGUGAAACUUAUUAACACAAUUUUGUAAUUUUCAAUAAAUUACAUUAAAUAGUAAAGAAUAUGUUUCUAACAUUUCAUCAAAGUGUAUUUGACUAUGUUUCCAAGUACAAUGUGGUUCAUUAACGGAAAUAAAUAUACCCCUCUCUUAUUUAAUAUCUUAUAAAUAACUGGGUUGUUUAUGGAGAGGAUAGCG